AUGGCCGCCGCAGCGCCUGCGGUCAAGACCCGUUUGCGAAUGCAUGCCGCAUCGGAAGGCGUUGCGCUCAUCGACAAGGUCCAGCGCCUGGCCUUUUUCUCGCGACUGCUCUGGCCCACCACUCGCAAUGCACUUCAGUGGGCCGAGCUACAGCGCGGCAACCGUGUCCUUGAUCUUGGCUGCGGCAAUGGUCACGCCACGCUUGGACUUGCCAGUUUUGUGGGCCGCGUUGGCCGAAUCACUGGUGUGGAUACAAGCGCCAAAGCUCUCGAAAGCGCCGCCGCCUAUGUACAGCAGAAUCGGGAUGAGGAUGCCAUGGCUCGCGUCUCAUUCCUCAAGGCCGAAAUCCCAAAUAACAUGGCUGAGCUUGCCAACAAACGCUUCGACCUGGUCUAUUCGCGCCUCCUCUUCUCCUACGUACCCGAGCCCCUGGCAUCCUUGGAGACUUGCAAAGAGCUCCUCUGGCCCGGCGGUCGCAUCCUCGUCGAAGACGUGGACUACAGCUCUUCGUUCUGCUACCCAAGUAGCCCCGCCUUUGAUCGCUACAAGGAGCUUCACACAGCCAUUAGCGCCCAGCUCAAGGGGCAUCCAUUGAUCGGCCCCAAGCUUUAUAGCAUGGUCAAGGAAGCGGGUUUUGUGGAUGCACGCGUGCGCGUCGUCCAACCCGUAUUCACACACGCAGAUGAGGGUCGUGCCGUGGCUCGUGCCUCCCUGCAAGACAUUCGCAACCAAGUCCUGGCGCACGAUCUCGCAUCAGAGUCCGAGCUUGCAGAACUGGAUCACCAACUUCGCGAACUAGAACAUCGCCCAGAUGCUCUCAUCUCGUUGCCGCGCAUUUUCCAAGUGACUGCUCGCGUGCCUACGCCUUGA